AUUAUUUUGCGCCUGCGCUCUUGAUGGUCUACGCGACGUACCUAAAAUCAUUUUGUGGAAAAUUUGAAGUUUGUUGUUAUUUGUGACAACUUAUAAUUCAUAAUUAUUUAUGAAAGCUCCGUGCUAAUUACCAUUCCAGGCGCGGGGCAAGAUUUCACUGUGGUGGUUAGCCUGGAUGCGUUCCGACACUAUACUUCGAGCGGUGUACGGUAGCCAUCUUGGAAUCGAACAAAGCUUCAGAUGUGUAGUUUGUCUGUUUAUCAAUAAUUUUUGUGCAUUUUCUUGUAAAUAGUUUGUAUGUUUAGGAUAUGUACGGAACGUUCGUCCAUAUGUGUAAAUAGCUAUGGCUGCGACAAGGAAAUUACAAGGUGAAAUAGACAGGUGUUUAAAAAAGGUAACAGAGGGAGUCGAGACAUUUGAUGACAUCUGGCAGAAGGUUCACAAUGCGACGAACAGUAACCAAAAGGAGAAGUAUGAAGCAGACCUCAAGAAGGAGAUCAAGAAGCUUCAGAGGCUACGGGAUCAGAUCAAGUCGUGGAUCGCCUCCGGGGAGAUUAAGGAUAAGAGUACACUUUUAGAAUAUAGGAAACUAAUAGAAACACAAAUGGAAAGGUUUAAAGUAGUGGAGCGGGAGACGAAAACGAAGGCGUAUUCCAAGGAAGGGCUGGGCGCGGCGCAGAAGCUGGACCCUGCGCAGAAGGAGCGGGAGGAAAUGUCCUCGUGGCUCGUCUCCUCCAUCGACGCACUUAAUUUACAAGUUGAUCAAUUUGAGUCUGAAAUAGAGUCACUGCUAGUGGGUAAGAAGAAAAGGUUGGACAAAGAGAAACAGGAUCGGAUGGAGGAACUGAAACUGAAGCUGGAGAAGCACAGGUUCCACAUAAAGAAGCUAGAGACACUGCUGAGGAUGCUGGACAACAUGUCUGUCGAAGUAGAACAGGUGCAUGUUGUAUUGCAGAUAAAAAGGAUAAAGGACGACGUGGAGUACUACAUCGACUCGUCGCUGGAGCCGGGCUUCGAGGAGAACGAGUACAUCUACGACGACAUCCGCGGCCUCGACGACAUCGAGCUCAGCGGCGUCGGCCUGCCCUCCUCCGCCACCACCGACAGCAACAACAGCAACGACUCUGCAGGAUCUCCCACUAGCAUGCUCUCAGGUACAAGUCCAGUAACAUCACCAACGUUAGAGGUACACAAUCACUCAACAGAUUCCAUAGACGUCGAAAAAAAGAAAAAAGAAGAGAUCAUAACCAAAGUGUGCGAUUUGUCUUUUUCGCCGACAAUACAUACAAACUUGCCGGUAAAACCGCUGCCGCUGCGCGCGGGUAACGCGGGCGCGGUCAGUAACAGCACGUGUAACGUUAGUUCCUUGCUCAAUAACUCCGCAGCAUCCACCAAUAGCAUAAGCAACAGCACGGGCGGGCCGGCCGCGUCCAGCUGCAGCACGCCCAGCAAGGCGCCGCCCCCGGACACGCACCACCACCCACGACACGCCAACUCCAACUGCGCCAACACCUCCACAGAAGUAGUGGAGAAUGGUCCGGUGUCGACGACCCCCGCGCACACAGCGACACACCUACCGGCAGCCGCGCCCACGCAACCACCGCCUACGUCAAAGAGUUCGUCAGUACCGCUACUUGGUUCGAGCGCGAGUGCGAGCGAAACGGCGCCUUCGCCCCUUACCGUCAACGGGCCUAGCCAACCGCCGCAUCAUACGCCGCAACAUGUUGCUAACAAUGGUAGAGUGAGUGAAGCGUCGAGUACAGGCGGGCGUGGCAGUAGCGCGGGCGCGGCCACGGCGUCGCUGAAGAGCAUGGCGCAGGAAGCCGUGCAGCGGGCCGGGCUCGACCAGCAUCAUCCACAGAACCUAAGACGAGGGGCUCCCCUAGCGCAAGCGCACAUUCCUCCGUUACUGGGCGUGGCACCGCUAGGCCCGCUACCACUCAACUCUGAACAUCAGCUACAGUUCCAAAUGUUGGAAUCAUCGUUCUACCACAUGCCGCACCCGUCCGACUCGGAAAGAACGAGGGUAUAUUUACCGAGAAAUAUAUGCCCCACGCCGAUAUACUACAACCAGGUGCUGCUUCCCCAUUCGGACUCCGUGGAGUUCUUCCAGCGACUGUCGACGGAGACGUUGUUCUUCGUGUUCUACUACAUGGAGGGCACGAAGGCGCAGUACCUCGCAGCCAAGGCACUCAAGAAACAAAGCUGGCGGUUCCACACCAAGUACAUGAUGUGGUUCCAGAGGCAUGAAGAGCCCAAGGUCAUCAAUGAGGAGUAUGAACAGGGCACAUAUAUCUAUUUUGACUAUGAGAAGUGGGGCCAGCGCAAGAAGGAGGGCUUCACGUUCGAGUAUAAGUACUUAGAGGACCGUGACUUGAACUGAGCGCGUCAGUGUACAGCCGCGCCGCCGCCGCCAUUCCUGAAGCAGUAUUGUUGUCCACCCGCGGGCCGUCGCCGGCGCCAUAUUGUCGUCCAGUACCGCGGCCGUCGCCGGCUCGCUGCGGGGCUGUGUCCGUACACUACAGAUCUGAAUACCUGAGCCUGAGUGUGACUCGAUGCUUGAAGUGAAUGCCGUGUGCUCUGGACGAGUGGAGUGUGUGAGAAGUACGUAGUGUACCGCAGGAGAGGCCUAUCGUCCCGCAGUGGACACACGGACCUCGCGGCCGAGACCUGCGACUGCGCCGCGGGCGUUAACUAAACUCUUACAAAAUAGUGUAUUUGAACAUAUUCUGGCAGUUUGUAACAUGGAAUAAGUUGUGAGGAUUGCAAGUCAGUUAGUAUUGAAGCCGAAGUGUUUGUAAACUGUACACAAGAACGAACAAGCGAAAGAUAACGUGAAGAUUAGUUUCAGCCAUACAAGGUUGUAAGUAGCGAAACAUGUGAUAUUGUUAUAGGCGCCCGGGACGGCGUCGACCCGCGCGACAGUAUCGGGGCCGCUGUUCCGGCGGACCGGUCCCUGCACAACCCCUUACAUUCGGUUCCACGGAGGGUAGUGUAGGCUUGUGUUCUUAUGUCCUUGUGCAGAGACCGGUCUGACACUGGCCACCGAUGACCGAAGUGAUGGAAAUCUCCAUAAAACGGCUAACGCACAUUAUAAUUGUAGUACUUUUAUUGGAGCAUUUUAGGAGCGUAUGGCUUUAAUAUACAGGGUGUCCCUGAAAUCGACGUCCAACGGGCACUAGAUGAUCAGCGAAGUUCCAACUGUUAUCAGAAAAAUAUA